CAUUGUUUGCCAAACAUUGGACUGAUGUCGAAGCCUACAACAGAAAUAGACCUUUCUGGGUUUGGCCUGGAACGAAUACAGCACAUCGGCCGCGGUCAGUACGCCAGUGCCCAGCUUGUGAAAGAAACGGCAUCUGGGCAAACUUUCGUGGCCAAGUGCAUCUCUUUGGCUGCCCUGAACGAACAUGACCAGGACUUGGCACACCAGGAGGUUUUCCUAUUGCAGACGCUGGCCCAUCCUUACAUUGUGGCAUACAGAGAUAGCUUCCUGAUUGAGGGAGCCAAUACUCUUGUGAUCGUGAUGGAGCAUUGUGGGGGUGGUGACGUUCGGAAAGCGAUCAAGGAGAAAGCAAAACAAGGUGCACAUUUUUCAGAGGAGCAAAUCAUGACGUGGUUUGUGCAGCUCUGCCUGGCUUUGCAGUACAUACACUCAGAGAAAGUCCUGCAUCGUGACCUGAAGACAUCCAACAUCUUUCUCACAGAAGAUGGUUCAGCUAUCAAGCUCGGAGACUUUGGUAUCUCCCGGGUCCUGGAAGGGACCACUGAGGCGGCUGUGACCAUUGUGGGUACGCCUUACUAUAUGUCACCAGAAGUUUGUCGAAGCGAGCCUUACAACUGGAAAUCUGAUAUUUGGGCUUUGGGAUGUGUGCUCUAUGAGUGCUGUAUGCUCAAACACGCUUUUGAGUCAUCCUCCCUGUUGGGUCUCGUCUACAAGAUUGUAAGUGAUCACUAUGAUCCAAUUCCAUCGUUUUAUUCGGCUGAGCUGAAUAAUCUCAUCAACCAGCUCUUGAUGAAGAAUGCAGAGUCUCGGCCUUCUAUCAACGAACUCUUUGCGAAUCCUUACGUGAAGGCUUACCUGGCAAAGCAAUCCGCCCCAGUGGCAGCACCGAGUCCUCCACCUCCUGAACCAAAGAAGACAACUUUGAGGCCUGGAGGUGGUGCGAAACCACCGCCACCGCCACCCCCUCCAAAGGAGAAUCCUCCUGCACCGGGGCCUGCUCCUGUUGGUUCGGAGUCAAUGUUCAGGGUGAUCAUCGCGCGAAUACGCCGGCGGCUUGUGGGUCAAAAGCUGAACUGGAUAUCAUCAGUGGCUUCCUUUGAUGACGAUGGCGACGGUGCGCUUACACCUGAUGCUAUGGGCCAUGCACUGAUGACCAUGCCAUUGGGCCUUAGCGAUGGCGAGAUACAGAUGUUGACCUCAGCGCUUGCUCCAACUCCUGGUGCCAAGAUUUCUUUGGAUGCUUUCAGCUCACACCUCCAAGAGGUAGCGCCGGAGGUUCAACAGUACGAGACCUGGGCUCGACAGGUUCUAGCGCCACCUGGGAGGCGGUUGCAUGAUGUGCUGCGGGCAAAGGAUAUAGAGCGCAGCGGCACCCUUGCUCCACAUAUUUUCCAGGAAAGCUUGCAGGAGCUCGUGCCUGUGCUCACUCCUCCACAUUUGGAGUUGCUUUGCUUGCUAGCGGACAAGAACGGCUUGGGGGAUGUAGAUUACGGAGAGUUCCUCUCCAACUACGGGCCACCAGUAGCUCCCCCAUCGUCUGCUCCACCCGGACCACCUCGGCCACCUGCGCCACCAGGGAUGCCACCCCUGCCAGGUGGAGGUGCUCCAACGCCUCCUGGCAUGCCUCCGCUGCCAGGCGGACCGUCAGGAUCGGACCCGCUUGGCAUGACGCUGGGAGGAACUUUGGGUGGUGUCGAAAUCAAUUUUGAAAAGACCUUUUUUACCUGUACAUCACAUUCAGCAAUGCAAGGCACGACCUCUGGCCGCAUGUCUUUGUCAGCGCAAGGCUGCGCCUUGAUCUUUGGGCGCAUUCGACGGAGGCUCGAAGCAGCCAGCAUUGACCUUGCUGAUGCACUCUCCUUGUUUCUUCUUCCUGGAGAAAAGGAGCUAUCUGCCGAACAAUGGCUUGAUGCAGCGUCAACGUUGCCUCUUGGGACUUCAAGGGCUGAGAUGCAGCAAGUUUUCAGCAAGGUGGACGUGGAAGCCACGGGUAAGGUUGCAUUGUCACAGCUGGAGCAAGGCAUUUCUCGAGCAAAUCCAGAUGACUGUUGCAAACCACCAACGUGGAUCUCUGCUGCCAUCACACAGAGAGGCUUGUGCAGCCGCAUAUGUUCUGAGUUGCAACGGCGCUGUACUGGUGGCACGCGACUUGCACCUGAAACGGCUUUCAGGAGGGUCAUCAUGGAGACUGAGCGGUACCUUACGUCAGACCAGCUGACAUCUCUGGUUCUCAUGGCUGACAAGAACUCCGGAGGAUUAGUCGACUAUGAAGAAUUUGCAGAACGUUUCAGCGGGUCCCUGUGUCCAAAAUCGGUACCCGGGGGUGUGUUACCAGCUCCAGCAGAAGAAGUUGCUGAUGCUACAGCGGAGGAGAUUCAGGUUGUGUGUGCCAGAACUGACUCCGUCAUGGAAAGUCAUGCUUUCCAAGCAGAUCAUUUGCCUGCCCUGCUGAGCUUGUGGGGAGAAGGUCUGGAUAUCCCCACAUUGGCCGCCGUUAUGGCAUCUUUGCCUUUGGGUCUAUCUCGAAGAGAGGCUGUUUCAAUUCUUGCGGCUUGUGGGAGUGUAGAAGCGCUUGCUGCCAACAUGACACAACUUCGAAGUCAAAAUGUCUGGAAGAGUCAUGUUGAAUGGGCACAGGGAAGCAUCCGUGGAGAUGCGCUGCGGCAAGUGCUGCACCACCAAGUGAUUGAAGCCGAGUCUCGAACGUUGGAGCCUGGUGAUUUUAUGGAGGCAUUGCAAUCCGCUGGAGUGCCACCAGGCAAUAUCCAGAUGGCCAUGUGGUUGGCACAAAAAACGAGCCAAGGAGAUGUCCAAGUGGCUUCCUUUUUGGAGUCCUUCAGCGGAAGUCCUCAAGCUGCCAAGAAGAAGAGAGGACUUCUUUGGCGCAUGAUGGGCCGUUGAGAGCUUUUUUUCUAGAAUGUGUGCAGGCCAACGAUGCCUGCCGGAACUAACGAAGGUUUGCACGUCCACAUGCAAGCACAGUCAACCACAAUUAGGUGUUAAAUGUCAUGCAGCAUUUGCUUCUUGAAGAGCGAGGCUUGUGAGGUGCAAUCAAAUGCUUUAAAGCGACACCAAGGUUUUUGGCGGAAGACAGGAUAUUUCAGCCUUGCCAUGGUCUCUUUUGUCAGCACAUGACUGCCAGUCAUUUGUGCGACUCCAUGAUGAUCGGGCAACGGGCGGUGGAAAAACCAUGUUGUCUGAGG